AUGAGUCUACCUCCUCUUGCCCAAAGCGAGAGCAAGCAGGCUUUGUUUGCUCGACUGGGGUUGACUGGACCCAACGGCGAUGAAAUCCAUAGGAUGCUGCUGCAGGAAGCAACGAGGGGGAGGGACCGGCUGAGUCAAGAUUUUGGCAGUCUCACCCUCGAAUCCCAGAGAAACCGAUACAUCCAGACGCCCUAUAAGUGGGACGAACUCUCAGAGACGGCAAAGCACAAAGAGAUCAGGAGCAUUGUCGGGGCUGCCGGGGCUUAUACGCAGCCUUACUAUAUGAUGGGCGAGUAUGGUAGGGUCGAGAAGGAGAAUUGGGUUGCGAGAUGGUAUCUCUGGCAUAGCUUCCGCUAUCGAGACAACAGGGACACUCGGGGCCGGGCGGCGGCGGCCGGUGGUGGUGGCGGCAACGAAGUCUUUGGCGAGGGAUACGGAGGUAAGAACCCAGUGGAGUGAGAAGUGAGAAGCGGCGGAAACACGAAGCGGUAACGGAUAUGGUUGACACGAAACAGGGAACCAGACGGCUUUCAGCGGGGUCUACGAUCCGGUUCGCGGGGUUUAUC